GAUUUUCUCAACAUUAACAAAAAAUAAAAUCCAACUACCGUAAAAAAAAAAUCCAACUAAAAAACCUGAACCUAUCUUCUCCGAUCUACAGGAACCUUCGAGAAGAGCAAUCGGCAACUGCAUCUUACUAUUUCGUGAGUUGAAAGACGGCGUGACCUGAGCGGUGCUUGUAGUAAAAUGGAUUCACUCGGAGGAGCAGAAGCAGCGUCGUCGACGAGGAGCGAGAAAGAAGAGCAGAAUCAAAAACCGUCUUACACUUAUUGGGUUAGGAAAAUCACCGAAGAUGCAGCGCCGUUGCCUGUGCCCCACAAGCUAGAUGCAGCUCCACCUUCUCAUUCUCAAUCUCAGCAGCCUGGUUCUGCUUGGAAUCGCGCUGGGACAUGGGAAGAGAAAAGUCUUAACUAUUGGGCAAUUCCAAGAAUUAAGGAGUUGCUCAUUUCAGUGGGCUCUAUACCAUUCUCCUCUGGCAGAGCAGAAGUGGAAGAUGUAACAAAAUGUGCUGGAGAUGCAUUUCUGGUGGUCGUUCGGAACAAGAAACGUGUCAGUUUCACAUAUGAGUUGUCCUUAAAAGUGAAAGGGGAGUGGAUUAUACAAGGAAAUAAGAAGUUGCUUGGGGGGCAUAUAGAUGUUCCAGAGAUCUCAUAUGGUGAACUGGAUGACUUGCAGAUGGAAGUGAGACUUAAUGAAGCAUCGGAUAUCUCACAUCAAGAUAAAAUUGAAAUAUGCAAUGACUUGAAGCUAUUUUUACAGCCAGUUCGGGAAAAGUUGCUUCAAUUUGAACAGGAACUCAAAGAUAGAUAGUAACAAAAGCAUGUAGACGGUUGUUCUCGAUUUGAUUUGAUUUGACUGGGUACUAUUAUUUCUGCUACAACCUCUUCAGAAAUAAAGUAUUGCAUCACUAUCUGGAUCCAUAUUGAAAGCAUGGAAAUCCUCUUAUGUAGGCCUAACAUUAUCAGACAUUUAUUUACUACGUACAUAUGAUAUGGUGUGGUUUUGCUUAUGAAUCUCAUUUCACCGAACCGCGUUGGACAUUA